AUGGAAAUCAUCCUUGAAAGACUUAGAAAGUUUGCAAAUCCCUCGUACAUAUAUGGUGAGGUGUCUGUCAGUAAGGCAAGUUUCACAGAAUUACUGAUAUUCUCAGAUGCUUCAACCAUGGCCAUUGCAGCUGUUGCGUUUCUCAGACUUGCUUCAGACACAGGGAAGGAGCAACUUGGUUUCGUUAUGGGGAAAGCUAAACUGGCACCUAAACAUGGACAUACUGUUCCAAGAUUGGAAUUGUGUGCGACCGUAUUGGCAACAGAACUGUAUGAACUUAUCUCCUCAGAGAUUGAUACUAACUUUGACUCGAUUCGAUUUUUUACAGACAGUAAGGUAGUCUUGGGCUACAUUAGAAAUGAAACUAAGCGCUUUUUCACCUACGUGGCCAACCGAGUAGAAAGAAUUCGCAAAUUUAGUGAACCGAAAGAUUGGAAUUAUAUUCCAACGAAAAUAAAUCCAGCAGAUGAAGGGACCCGAUCAGUGGCAGUGAAGGAAAUGCAAACCAGUCUCUGGUUGAACGGUCCACAUGAAUUACUAGAUAGCAGCAAACAUGAACAGUAUGACCUUGACAUUGAUUGUGAUCCGGAAGUCAGUUCUUGUAGAACGGAUGUACAAAGCAUUUGUCAACUAGGAUGUCAUCGCUUUGAAAAAAUUUCAGAUUGGCAGCGAUUGACUCGAGCUAUAUGUUUCAUUCAGAAGAUAAUGCAAAAGAGAAAAAUGGUGAAAAGUGAUGACAACAAAAAUCAAACCCCACUCACAUUGCAGGGAGCUGGACUUUUUAUCAUUCAUUUGAUGCAGGAAGAGGCCUUUGUUGAAGAAAUUUCAUCUCUCAAGACAGGCAGAACUGUAAACCAUAGAAAUCCUGUUUUCAAAUUAGACCCUUACAUGGAUGAAGCUGGAUUCCUCAGAGUAGGAGGCAGACUACGUCAUUCUAAUUUGAUGCCUCAAGAGAAGAAUCCACUGAUCAUUCCAAAAAAGAGCCAUAUUGCCAAUUUGCUUGUGGAUCACUUUCAUCGAGAAGUGAAACAUCAAGGACGCUUAUUCACAGAAGGAGCAAUUAGAAGUGCAGGAUACUGGAUAGUAGGAUGUCGUCGUCGAGUGAACUCUCAUAUACAGAAGUGUGUAACUUGUAGAAAGUUGCGAGGCAAGCAACAACAACCAAAAAUGGCCGACAUCUUUGAAGCACACCUUCAUCCUGGACCCCCUUUUACACAUAUUGGAGUGGUUGUAUUUGGACCCUGGUCCAUUGUAACUCGAAAAACAUGA